AUGCCGGGCGCUGAGAAGAAAGACCCAAAGAAGACGGAUGAUGGCAACUACGAGAAGGAGAUCAUCUCGAAGUUCCCGAAUCUAGAAGUGGCGCAGAUGCGUUAUCUGGUCAACCACCCCGAACUCGACGCGGCCACGCGGACUGCCACACUGGAAAAGCUGAUGGCCGAAAUUAAGACGAAUGAUAUGGCGCCGUACUACAAAUUGUUGGCCGAGGAGCUAAAGAUGCCGUUCGAUAAGGCUCUAUAUGAUCAGAUGAAGGCAAACAACAACCAAAAGCUCGAUGCCUUUGAUGCCGAGAUCGCGGAUGCCGAAAAGAACCAGGGAGAAAGCGAGGUCCGUGCGGCGUUGCUGAAGAAGUACGACUACUUCUGUCAAAUUGGAGACAAGGACAAUGCCCUGAAGGCUUCGCAAAGCACUUUCGAGAAGACGGUCGGUACCGGAUACAAGAUCGAUUUGGUGUUCAACAUUGUUCGUUUGGGCCUCUUCUUCCUUGACCACCAAAUGAUCAACAACAACUUGACCCGAGCCCGGGAAUUGAUGGAGCAAGGCGGUGACUGGGAGCGCAAGAAUCGUCUCCGUUCCUACGAGGCGCUGUACAAGAUGUCGGUGCGUGACUUUUCGGGCGCCGCAGCUCUGUUCCUCGAAGCUGUCCCGACUUUCGGCAGCUAUGAGCUUUUCACGUAUGAGCAGCUGACCUUCUACGCCGUCGUCACCUCGUUGUAUGCCCUGGAUCGCCCGGACCUGCGCACAAAAGUCAUCAAGAGCAACGAGAUCCAGGAGCAGCUUUCUGGCGACAAGGUGGAACUGCACAUCAUCCGAGAGUACUUGACCUCAUAUUACGAGUGCAACUACGAAAAGUUCUUCCAGAACCUCGCGGAACUGGAGAGCACGCGGCUGAAGUUUGACCGGUACUUCCACUCCCACUUCAACUAUUACAGCCGGGUAAUGCGACUCCGCGCUUACCUCCAGUUCCUCACGCCGUACAAGACCGUCCGCUUGGACCUGAUGGCCCGUGAUUUCGGAGUGUCUACAGAGUUUCUGGACAAGGAGCUGCACCGUCUCGUCGCCGCCGGCCAAUUGCCAUGCCGGAUUGACGCCGUCCAAGGAGUCAUCCACAUGCAUCACCCCGACUCGAAGGAUCGCCUAUUCAAAUCGGUCAUCAAGGACGGAGAUAUCCUGCUAAAUCGUGUCCAAAAGCUGGCUCGGGUCAUCAAUGCC